AUGGCUGCCAAUAUGCAGCAUAUGGCUGGGGCAGGCCAGAUGAUGCCUCAACAAAUGCGAAAACCAACCGCAACCCAGCUACAGCAGGCUGUCUAUCAGAAUAUCCAGCAAAACACACCGCCAUUAAAUGGCAUGACUUGGCAAUCAAGUUUCACUGUUAAUGAGCGAAUGGGAAAGACAUUGGAGUUAAUUUCCAAUAUCACUCUUGCCAUGAACACUCUUGACUACAGCCGAGCAACUGAUUUUGGAUGCCAGUUCGAACGAGAAGUGUUUCACAAAUCACCGACCAAAGAAGCGUAUGACCAAGCCAUGGCAAGUAAGACAAUGGACUUUUUCAAGAAACGACAGGCCAACGAACCUGGCCUUCAGAACAGCCUCAAUGCCAAUGCCCAGGCUCAAGCGCAUGCCCAAGCCCAAGCCCAGGCGCUCAUGUUGCAAGCCCAGAUGGGCCGUGGGCAAACUCCCCAGCAAGGCUUCCAGCACAUGUCACAUCCUAUGCAAGCCACUCAGAUGCCCCAGCAACAGCAACAGCAACCAUCGCUGUUUCAACAGCAGCAGCAGAUUGCCAUGGGAAUGGCCAACCAAGCCGGCCGCGGUAUAGGGCCUAACCCCCAGGCGAUGGGCAUGGGUGGCGGCCCUAAUAGAAACAUGUUUCCCAACGAGGUGGCGAGACUGGCUCAGGCUGAUAAGAACAAGGUCAUGGAACUUGCAACCAAGAUGAUGGGUCAAGCUACAGAGCAGCAAAAGGCUCAGACACGGCUCCACUUACAAUCAAGGCUCACAGCUCAGCAACUUGCUGAACUCCAGACGCAAGGGAGAGAUCCUCUUAUUUGGUGGUACCAGAAUCAGGCAUUCCAAGCCCUCAAGCAGUCUUCAAAUAACAUCAACCGGUUCCAGCCACCUGGUCCUACGAACCCAAACAAUCCCCAGGCCGCCAUGAUGCAACAACAACAAAGCCAAAAUUCUCUACAGCAGCAGAGGCAAAACAUGAUCAACGCCGCCCAGCCGCCCAAUGCGGGCCAUGAUUUCCCUCCGUUCAACCCAAGCAUGGAGAGCAUCAAGGAUCAGCAGGUGGCUGGCCUGAUGGCUCAAAAAGCGGGCCAAGUUGUCGUGCCGGCGAGCAAUGGAAGAAAUGUCACUCCUCAGCCUGGGAACCAGAACAUUCCCAACCAGCAGAUGCAGAACCAAACACCUCGUACUGCUCAGCAGCAGCAGCAGCAGCAGCAGCAGCAGCAGGCUAAGCUGAACCAAGCUGCUCAGCAGUCUCAGGCUUUACAAGCACAGGCGCAAAUGCAGAUGCAGAACCAACAGCAUAUGACGGGGAAUAUGGCUACAUCGCAGAGCCCAGCCAUGAAUACUUUGAAUACUCCCGUAUCAAGACCAGGCGUUAUGAACCCCAUGACCCCGCAGGGUAUGGGCCAGAACAGCAUUCCCUUUGGUGAUUCACGAUUUCACCAGGGGAUUCAACGGCCUAACAAUCCCGCUUUCAACGCUAUGCUCGCCAAUAUGACCCCAGAACAAAGGCAAGCGGUCAACGGUCUUCCCCCGGAAAAGCUGAACGAAGUCAUGCGUCGAUGGCAAAGUCAGCGUCAGGAACAGAUGGCAAAUAUGAAUGCGAAUCCGAUGAUGCAGCAACAAAUGGCCAAUCGACCUCCGAAUCAGUUCAACCAGAACGGCAACAUGGCCCCUGGUCUUCAGAACAUGCAGCAAAUGAAUGCUCCUGGUGCAGGCAACCAACAACAAUCGAUGCCAAUGAACCGCAUGCCAGCCCAAAACGCCCAGCUUCAUUUUUUGAUGGACUCGAUGGAUUUGCCUACCACCAUAUUAACUCAAAUCCAGGGCCUGCCUGCAGAAGUCAAGAAAUGGAGAGAUUUGAAGGCUUGGAUCAACCAAAAUAAUACGCUUCAACCGAGUAUUCGUGGCCAACUAGCUGCUUUCCAACAGAAGCAAUUCCAAAUGCUCAUGCAAAGGCGGGCCGCCAAUGCGCCCCCGCAGCCUGGACAGGCCCUAAACAUGAAUCCCGCGAUGUCAAUGCCAAUGGCCAAUCAACAACCUGGAGCGCAGCGACAGAUGGCCGGUUUGCCACCACAAUUGCUUCAAGUAUCCCCUCAGGAGAUGAUGCAUGUCCGAAGCUCGAAACCUGCGUUCGCCGGCGUUCCUGAUGAUCAGCUCCGAGGGAUGAUUCUCGCAAUGAAGAAGAAUAGUUGGAUUCAACAGCAGCAACAGCAACAGCUGAGGAUGCAGCAGAUGCAGGCCCAGAACCAGCAGAUGCAAAAUGCUACCGCAAACAAUAUGCCUGGCAUCCAGGGCCCUCAAAACGCCAUGCAGAUGCAGCAAUCUCAACCUAAUCUCACUCCUCAACAAACCCAGGCGCAGACGAUGCCUAACGCCAUGAGCCAGACUGCCUCGAUGCAAGCGGUCAACCAGAAGCAGCAACCAAGCGCAAACCAGGCACGCAAUAAUCAAUCUCAACCUGCGAAAAACCUUAAACGCUCUAACCCUGAUGAUGGCGCCGAUACUGCCCCCAUGAAAGCUUCCUUGUCUGCUGCGCGACAGCCGCCGGCGCCGGCGGUGGCACCAUCGCAACCAACCCAGCCUCCAGGACAAAGGUCAGGGGCGAAAUUCCCGCCGCAACUUACAGCUCAACAAGAGGCACAACUAAAUCCUGAACAACGAGCCAGGUAUGAACAGCUCUUAAGGAUGCAGAGCAAGGCGCCGGGCCCACCCUCAGAGUCCCUGGUGCGCCUCAAGAUGAUUGGACAAGAAGAGCAAAAGCAGUUCGCUCAAGAAUCCACUCUGGACAUUCCAAUGAGCCCUGAAGAGUACGCAGAAACCGCAACGAAACUCAAACGAAUCGUCGUGGACAUGGGAAAGGUUGGCCGAGGACUUAGCAAGUGGUAUUCCCUCACUCAAGAUGACGCGCGUGCCAAAAUGUUCUUUAGAACUCGAUUGCGUCUCAUCAAGCAACACGUGGACGGCGACAAGAUGGAGGUAGUCAAGGAUACCUUGAGCAUCCGCUCUUCCGAACUGGAUCAAGCCCGCGCUAUGCUUGAGAGUAUGGCUAAGGAUCUGGCUGCUAGUGUGGCCGGCGGCCGACACAUCAAGCCUGGCGGCCAGGCACAGGCACAAUCGCAGCCGUUAGCUCAGCAGCAAACGCAGCAAUCACAGCAAAAGAAUCUGCUAACGCAGCCGGCUCCUCUGAAUGCCGCUAAUCUAGAGAAGAACGCGCAAGCGAUGAACAAAUUGAGCCAGCAGAAGCAGGCCAACAAAGCAGGACAGGUGCCGCCACCUGCACCAACAAGUGCUCAGCCGCCCUUCCCAUUCGGAGCAGCAACCUCGCCUGAUGGUCACCCUACGUACAUGAGCAAACCUAAAGAAAUCAACCUGCAGCUACCGCCCUCCAGAAAGAAGCAAAAGCUCGCAAAUUCUGGCCCAUCUUCUCAAGUGGCCACUCCCUCGCCGCAAAUCUCAAAGAAUGCGUCUCCCGAUAUCCAACGCCCGCAAGGCCCACCGAAGCCCGUACAUCUCUGCACGGAGCCCGACUGCGACCAGGCUACCUUUGGAUUUCCUAGUAAACAAGCUCUCCAACAUCAUAUCGAUGAAGAGCAUACUAAGCCCAGGGCAGACCCGGUAAAAUUUGUGCAAGAGAAUCUUGCCGAGGCACUGGGCCUAGAACCAGACGGCACCGUCAAAAAGGAGCAGUUUGCAGAGGGAGCACAAGCUAUGAGUCUAUCUGCCUCAAAACAGGGGCAAUCCUCUGGAAAUCUUGUCGGCACACCAAUGUCCGUGGACGGUACUGGCAUGAAGCGAUCGGCCAGCGUCGCGAGCAAGGCCCAAGAUGUGAAGGCCGGCGUCAAGUUGGACGCAACUGCCAAGGCUGGCGAUGGAAAGCAGAAGAAUGGCGCUGCAAUGCUCGUCGCUGCGGCGGAUCCAUGGGCCAACUCGACUAUUGACCCUCAGACACUCCUCCAGAACUUGGGCUUUGAGAACGGGCUACCAAAUAUCAUCAACGAGGCCAACAUGUACAGGUCUUUCACGCCAAAGGAUACACCAGAGUCUAGCAAGGACGGCGCUAGCGAGCCUAACAGCGAUAUCUCUGAAGGUGCUGCGCUUGACAUUGACAUGAACUGGGGUACUCUUGAUAAUGAGGCUCUAAUGGAUUUCACCAAUGCCUGUAUUAACGGGGAGUUAGACUCGACGGAAAAUCUAAAAGCUGCGUUGGUUAAUGUCGAUCCAACCCUUCUUCUGGCCAGGUCGCGGGGCGUUCCGGACUGGGAUACAAUCCCAACCGACUUUGACAAACCGUUUGAGAUGGAUCUCGGAAAUGGUCUCUACUCUCUCGGUCUGUAA